GAAAGGAUCCUAUGCUUAAGAAUCUCAAAGAACACGAUCCCAAAUCCUCUUCUUGGCAAAUUUCCCCAAAAUCCACAAUCCUCAUGAAAACUUAUUACUAAAGUUGGACCAGAAGCUGACGGCUGCAUUUGAAGCCCAGAGGCCCUGGGAUUCUCUCAACCUGUAGAUGCCGCAUUGUUCAGGGCCUCCCACAUGCUCUGUACUGAGUCAGAUACAGAAAGACGAGACGGUUACCAUUCCUGACCAAGUAAAGCUUACAGACUAGCUGAGGAGAUGCAGUUUAAGAACCAUGACACAGGGCAGAGCUGCAUCAGAGGCAGAGAACAAAUGGCCACAUUAUCUGAAAUGGUCUACAAGCCAACCACAUGCUCGCAGAGGGGCGAGAAUGGGGUGCAAGAAUCUCCAGAUGGGCAUUUGAUUCCAGAACUGGGCUUGUUGAUCCCUCAGCUCGCACCACUUUCUGUAAGAUGAAAACUGCCUUACGCUGCACCCACCCCCACCCCCUCCCUCCUAAAUGCCUGCUUCAAUUCGAUCCAGAAAGUUGUCAACGGACAUCACCUAUGUGUAGGGCCCCCAGCUAAGAAUUCAAGGAUAGAUGAUAGACACUCCAUGCCCUUGAGGCAUUCAUAGCUUGGUAAAGGGGAAAAUCCAUGAAUUAAUAAUUCUGUGUCUCAAGUCUUUGUAAAAUGCUGUACAAAGAGCAUGGCAGAGAGGGCCUCUACCUCUGCCAGGGGACCCAGAGAGGCGCCCAUCAUUUGAGGAGGAUACAAAGGGAUGAAUCAGAUUGUGCUUGGUGGCAGAAUGAUGGAAAAGCACAUGCGGAGAGGAGAGAGCACGAGCCGGAAGGUAGGAGGGCGCAGAGUGUGCCCGCGGGGUGCGUGUGUCCAGCCUUUUUCUCCGGCUGGUGAGCGCGGAGCCUCUGCCUUUGUAAACGGGACUCUGUGAACAUGCAGAGAGGCCGAGUGGAGGCGCUCUGACCAGUGCCACCGCCCACAGCCUGCAGCUCCGAGGAACCACUUCAUAACCGGAGGGAGGGGCUGAAGGCGGCCAUCCGAAGACGUGAAUGGGGGAUGGGGCUGCACCUGAAAGCCGGCUUCAGGUUCUCCAGGGAUGACGAUGAUGAUGCUGGCCGAGGAGGAUGUAGGAAAUUCUCAAAAUCUGCUGAGGUUAGGCCCUAGAAAAUUCUUCCUGAUCACAGACAUCAGCAGGCAUGGUGUGGGGCCCACAGGGGGCUGGGCAGAAUCCUCUUUCUUCCCCACCCUCACCCCCCCACCGAAGCAUAUUCAUCAGGACAGACUUGCUUGGCGCCUGAGGCUCUGCAGGGCAAGUCCUGGCUGAGGACAGGGCUGCGCACACUAAGAUGUGGUCCCCCGACUCCCCCGGCCCACGUGUUUGCCCGGGUUCUGCAGCGAGUUCCCUCCAGGCGUCAGAUCCUGCGUCCUGGCCACAGAGCUCCCUGAAGACCGAGUCCAAGCCCCUGUGGUGCAGGUGGGAAACCGGGGCCCAGGGAGGGGACGGGCUUGCCCAGGAUCGCACAGAGCCGGAGCCGGGGCCUAGGUUUCCCGUCAGGCCAGGGUUGCCCUUUUGUCCAUAUGAUCCUUUCCCUCUGCACCUCGGUCUCCCCUGCCCCAGCCCUGCGACUGUGUGCCUCAGUGCCCUCAGAACAGAUGGCCUUGGCAGGCCUCUCUGCCCCGGGGCACCAGGUGAAGGGGCGGACCUAACAGCCUGGCCCAAGGGGCAGUGCUGGCCUGCAGUGUUCCCCGCGCCAGCUGGCGUGGAGGCGGCUUCUCCGUGCGCCAGAACCUGGUCACCGAAGGAGCGUGUGCGCCUGUUCCCCUGGCCGCCAGUGUCUAGCGAGAGGCGGAACAGGGGCUCUGUGGCGGGGAGGAGGGGCGGCCCUGCGGCCCGGAGGAUGCCCCGGAAGCAGACGGCUUAUUUGGAGCAAAGUCCUUCUGACCUCCCACAGCCAGAUCCCACCCCACGCCCCGUCCCCGGCGCAUCUCCCCCUGCCCUCCUCUUCCCACGCUGUUUAUUCCCUGCGACUGUUCGUUCAUUCCCCCGCCACCUGCUCCCACUCUCCCUUCCCCCUUCCUCCGCGUCACACAACGGCCAUUGGUCCCCCGCCACACGCUCUUCCAGCUUUGCGGUCACACGCACAGCCAGUCUCAUUCCCCACGGGCACCGGCUUCCCUCCUCCCCGACAAAGAGCCUUUUCUGACCCGGGCCUCAGGUCCUAGGCCCUCUCCCAGCUUCUGCUCCUGCUUUCACAAGCUGGCCGGGCGCGCAGUCCAGUUCCUGUGGGUCUCAGGGAGAGUCCGCAGGGGGCGGGUGUGACCUGUGUGGGAACCGACUCAGCAUCACCCGUGCAGGCCUUCAGCUCCCUGCGAACCUGCAGGAGGGGGUGGGCGGUGCGGGCGGCCGUUCUCAUCUAAUCCGAGACUCUCAUUAGGAGAAGCACAAGGCGUGCUGAUGGAACGGAGGUGGCAGGGGCUGCGGACAGAAGUCUGGCCAGCUGACCCUGUGGCUGCCCCGCUCAUGGGCAGGGAGAGAGGCCGGGUGGAAACAUCAGGACCCCAGCUGCUUUCUGGACAGCAGGGAUAUACUCCCUGCUGAGGGCUACUAGGCACAUACCUCCCCGACCAGAGCACAGCCCCCUCCCUUUCUCAGACACACACACACACACUCUUUAGUAUCCACCUCAAAUGGUGGGAGCCCCGUCCCUGCAUGUGCCCCCACCCCUCUCUGAGAGUACAGAAUCUGAGGCGGGGGCUGUCCCUUACGGGGUGCGAACUGCCUGCCCCUCAAAGUGGCUGGGCCAGAAAGGUAGCCGGCAGACAGAGGGGAGAAGAGGGUAGGGGCAGGAGUGGAGUAGGGAGAGGAAGAAAGCAUUCCCUCCGAAUAAGCAAAAGACCUGGCCGGGCCCCUGAGGAAGGUGGAGGGAACGCAGCGGGAGGCCAGGAAGAAGGGAAGUCUGAUUGGCCGCCUGCUGGCCUUGGCCGGCUCCCCUCCGGCCGCUGUCUCCUCAAGCCCCACUGCAGAGGCCAGGCUGUCAGAGUGCCUGCUUCCCUGGAAGCUCCGAGGCUCCGAUCAGAACCACAGGAGUGUAGCUGGACCCCAUGAAGCUCCUGGCUUUCCUGAGCUUGCUGGCCCUGGCGUCGCAGGAAGCACGCACAGCUUCCCUCCCAAAGCAGGAGCUGGAGAGGAGAGAAGACGGCCUGCAAGGGGAGGCUGACUUGUCCACAGCUCUGCCUCUGGGGAACUAUGGCCUGAGCCUGGACAGCUACGAUGAGGUCAUUGACCUGAGCAGCUAUGAGCAGCUCCCAGACUAUGGGGACCAGCUCCCUGAGGUUCAGGUAACAAGCCUGGCGCCUCCAACUGGGAUCAGUUCCACUCAGAACACUAUGAGUCCAAGGGCACCCUCUUCAAACCCCACCGUGACCAGGCCUACAAUGCCAGGCCUGCUGGGCUCCCCAACCAGCCAGGCCCUGCCCACCUGUCUCGUCUGCGUGUGCCUCGGUUCCUCUGUGUACUGUGACGAUGCCAACCUGCACAUCAUCCCUCCCCUUCCCCAGACAACCGCCUACCUGUACGCUCGCUUCAACCACAUCAGCCACAUCCGGGCAGGAGACUUCAAAGGGCUGACAAAACUGAAGAGGAUUGACCUCUCUAGCAACUGCAUCUCCUCCAUUGAUGCCGAUGCCCUCUCCCUGCUGCCCGAGCUGCAGGAGCUGAUCCUCCCGGAGAACCAGCUGGCGGCUCUGCCUAAGCUGCCCCCCGGCAUUGAGGUCCUGGACGCCCGCCUGAAUCGGCUCCAGAGCUCGGGGCUCCAGCCUGAGGUGCUCAGGACGCUGGAGAAGCUGCAGUCCCUGUACCUGGCCAACAACCUGCUGGACUCCGUCCCCUGGCCCCUGCCCCUGAGCCUGCGCUCACUACACCUGCAGAAUAACGUGAUAGAGCGCGUGCGGAGAGACGCCUUCUGUGACCCCGAGGCGCACAGACGCACCCGGAGGCGGCUGGAGGACAUCCGCCUGGACGGCAACCCCGUCAACCUGGGCCUCUUCCCCAGUGCCUACUUCUGCCUGCCCCGGCUCCCCAUAGGCCGCUUCUCCUAGCUCAGCCCUGUUCCUCCCGGGCAGGAGCCCUCCGAGGACGCCCCUCGCGGGCCACAGGGCCCAGUGCCCUGCCUCUGAGUGCCUUUCAUCUUAAUCAGCCUGACGUUCAGUUGUGGGGAUCAUCCCCCACCCGCCAGCACACGCUCGGAGAUGUCCUUCAGCAGCCAAACCUGCAUCUCUUCAUCCCCUUUCCUCAAUGCCUUAUGUUUCCUGGCUCAGAGAACAGGGUCUGUAGCAAGGUUUUUUCCCACGAUCCCCAUCCCUCCUACCCGCACAGAUGCCGGGAGAGUCGUGUAAGAAGAGGGCAGGGAAGGAGGGAGAGGGGCACGCAGCGGUGUGCUGGGGCCAGCUCUUCCUACUGGGCUUGCAAGGACGCAUUAUUCAUUACAUUUUCCAGCAUUUUGCAAGCCAGUUGUUAAACACAGUCGUCAUUAAAAAUUGUAUUAUAAAAACUUGCAAUCAAGUAUAUCAUGUUGAAAACACAAGUAAUAAAUACUCAAAUGCAUCACUUUCCAAGAAUUUUACUCUAUUUUAUAGCUGACCACGUUCUUGAAUUUAUCUCCGCCCUGGUAUCUGUAGGCAGAAAUACUGUGGGCUGACGUGCAACGCUGCUCGCAGGGACGUCACAUUGGAAGUUUGAAAUUGGCCACAGUAGGGUAUUUAUGCCAUGGAAAUCAGUGACUAGUAGGACUGUUUUUUUCUGAGAGCUGGUUGUUCAGCCUUUGCCAGCGCACCAGAGAAGGAACAGCCGUUUGAACUAGCCUUCCCCCUUCCCAGGGCACCCCACUGGUAGGCUUUCUUUAAUUUCUUCCUGUUCCUAGGCCUUGCUGUUGUAUUUGGAGGGAGCCAUCCGUAAGGACGGAGAGCUGACGUGACU